AUGCUCAGUAGAGAAGAUAACAUCUUUAGGAUCAUAAUAACUGGAGAAACUAUGAUAGAAAUUUGGGGGAAUGGAUACAUUGGACUAGUAAAUUGGAUUGAUUGGAUUAAGAAGAAAAAGAUCUCUUCAGUUGUAAGUUUAGUUAUCUCCAGAAUUUGUUUGCUCUGUGUAAUGGUGCUCAAUGGCGUCACAAUGGUAUUCUACCUCAAUAUUUAUAUAAAUGAUAAACUAAAAAUAGUCGAUAUCUUCUGGACACUCCCCAACUACUUAAGCAUGUGGUUUGCCUCCUGCCUCAAUGUCGUCUAUUUCCUCAAGAUAGCCAGUUUCUCCCACCCACUUUUUCUUUGGCUGAAGUGGAGAACUGACAGAAUGCUUCACUGGAUCCUGCUGGUGUGCUUGGCGAUUUCAUUGUUGAACAGCCUUAUGCUCACAAUGAUAUCAAAUUAUGAUUUCAGAAAAUUCAGAUUUUUUUAAAUUGCAAAAUGUAAAAGAAACUUCACUGAAUUGUUCCAUGUGAGUAAAAUUCAAUACUUCAGCAUGUUUUCACUGUUUAAUCUGUUGGCAAUUGUCCCAUUUACUGUGUCAUUAAUCUCAUUUUUCCUGUUAAUUUUGUCCUUAUGGAGACAUACAAAGCAAAUGAAACUCAAUAUUAUAGGCUGUAGAGACCCCAGCACACAGGUCCAUGUGGGAGCUGUGAAAACUGUGACUUCAUUUCUCUUCCUCUUUUUUUUUAACUACCUGGCUUCUCUUUUAGUGACAUUUAGCUACCAUAUGAAAGAAAGCAAUUUAGCUGUGAUGUUUGGAGAAGUUAUAGCAAUUCUCAUUCUCUCAUGUCAGUCACUUGUUUUAAUUAUUGGAAAUAACAAGUUAAGGCAAGCACGUGUCAGGAUGCUCAGAUGUAGAAAAACAGCAUGUAUGAUGUAA